AUGGAAUACUAAUUGGAAUUAGCGAAUAAAACUAUUUAGGAAUUACAGUAAAAACUCUUAGCUGCUGAUAAAUAGAUUGUUUCAAAAUAAACAGAAAAAAUUUCAAAUAUAGAAUUAUAAGAAAAAUGA